UUCGUUUGCGAAUUAGAGUCACAAGCGUCCACUUCCACUAUCACCAUGGCUUCUCUUUCUCUCCCCCCUCCCCGCAAUAUGUCGGAAGCGCCUGUUGUGUCCCGCAAAGCCACCACAGAACAAAGUCCGGAAGCCCCGAAGGCUGAUCACUCGCGCCAACCGGAUUCUGCCGCUACCACUACCAGCAAACCAUCUCCUCCCUCCUACGCCGAACGAUGCCGGGCCGCGCUCGCGCUCCAUACCAUGCCACCCGAAGAACGACGUAAAAACAAGCUGUUUGUCCCGCGUUCACUGGACGAUUUCGGCGACGGCGGAGCGUAUCCGGAAAUUCACGUGGCGCAGUACCCGCGUCACAUGGGCAACCCCCAUCGGCACUCGAAGCACGCGAACGCCUCGGGCGGCACGUCUCGCGGUGCACAGGCAAUAUCGAAGGCACUGGUAAAUGUAGAAAUUGAUAAAGAUGGUAAGGUAUCGUACGAUGCGAUCGUCAAGGGGGGGACAAACUCGGAUAAGAUUGUGUAUUCGCGACACGCGGAUUUGCGAGGCGGAUCAGCCAAAGCGGAGGACAUUGCGUUGCCAACAGAAGAAGAGGAGCAAUCCGAAGCAGCUCGGACACAAGCGGCACUCGAUGCAAUAUUGGGUAAGAAAACCGCGUUGGACAAUCCUUCUGGCAGCGCAAUCGUCAACGCCCAAACGUCCCAGAAUGUGGAAGCGAAAACAUCCUUUAUUAAAUACACCCCACGACCCGACGCUCCCGGCUACAACCCUGCCGCUUCACAGCGAGUUAUUCAAAUGGUGCCAGCCAAGGUUGAUCCCAUGAUGCCUCCCAAGCACAAGCACAUUAAAGCUCCGGCUGGACCGGCCGAAGAUCCGGUUCCGGUCUUGCACGCACCACCUAGCAAAUUGAGCAAGGAAGAACGCGAGGCAUGGAACGUACCCGCGUGUAUUUCCAACUGGAAGAAUACCCGAGGCUAUACGAUUCCGCUCGACAAACGAUUGGCGGCGGAUGGGCGAGGCCUGCGUGAGCAUACGAUCAAUACCAAUUUUGCGACGCUUUCCGAAUCCCUGUACGUGGCGGAACGCCAAGCUAGGCAGGAGGUACGCAUACGGGCGCAAGUGCACAAGAAAUUGGCUUUGCAAGAAAAAGACAAGCGGGAAGAUGAGCUUCGGCAGCUGGCGAACCAAGCGCGUCUGGAACGGGCUGCGCAAGGAGAUACGGAGGAUGAUGUGGCCGCGCGUCAGCGAGAAAAACUUCGCUUGGAACGAAAACGGGAAAGAGAACGAGAAAUGCGUAUGGAAAACAAUAUGGAACUCAAGAAGCAAAAGUUGGAGCAGGAACGUGACGUGUCGGAAAAAAUUGCUUUGGGGGUACACACGGGUACAGGUGGCUUGGGAGGCGAUGUGGAUUCACGUCUUUACAACCAAUCGGCGGGUAUGGAUUCAGGGUUUGGCGCGGACGACGAAUACAAUGCGUAUUCCAAGCCUUUGUUUGCACGCCAAGCCGCGGCGUCGUCGGCAUCCAUUUACCGUCCGACUCGGGGCGACACGGCCUAUAAUGCGGAUGAACAAUACAGCAAGUUACAGCAAGGGGCUACCUCCAAGUUUCAACCAGACAAGGGUUUUUCUGGGGCCGAAGGUGGUGUCUCUGGGGCUGGAACCACUCGCACAGCUCCUGUUCAGUUCGAGAAAGGCGAUCAAAAAUAGUUCACGAAAUUUUAUCAUCUUUUGUUUACUAGUUUUUAAAAGGAUAGAUUGAGGAGGGGCU